UGGAUAAAAAUAUUAACAAAUUUUUGUCACGUGAAAUCUCAGCCGUUAUUAAAAAAGAGGACAUCAUCAACUAUUAAUACAAACCGUUGGAUUAAAAUUAUCACCACAAGAAUAAAAGAAAAAAAAGCUCCUUCAAUUUCCUUCUCCUGCUGUCACCAUUUAAAAUAUUCCACCAUGGAAGCUGCUAAUGUUCCAUCGCCUCGAAUCCUCAAAUCUACUACAUCUCGAUCCAGAAGCUCCUUCUCCAAUCAAAGACUCAAUUCUCAAAAUUCCCUCAUCUUCAAAUCCCCACCACUAAAUUCAAAAUCCAAUCGAAAUGCAACCGCAGUAUCAUCGAAUUCUUCGCCGGAAUCUGAAAUCAAACCCGAUUCCGGGUCGGAAAAGUUCGAUUGGUACGAGAAUUGGUACCCAGUGAUGCCAAUUUGCGAUCUGGACAAGAAGGUUCCACACGGGAAGAAAGUUAUGGGGAUUGAUCUGGUGGUUUGGUGGGAGAGGAACGAGAAGCAGUGGAAAGUGAUGGAUGACACGUGUCCCCAUCGUCUUGCUCCGUUGUCCGACGGAAGAAUCGAUCAGUGGGGGAGAUUACAGUGUGCCUACCAUGGAUGGUGCUUCAACGGAUCCGGCGAUUGCAAACUCAUACCUCAAGCACCUCCCGAUGGACCUCCGGUCCACAGUUUCAAGCAAGCUUGUGUGGCUGUUUACCCAAGUACUGUGCAGCAUGAGAUCGUUUGGUUUUGGCCAAACACUAAUCCAAAGUACAAGAACAUCAUCGAGACGAAGAAGCCUCCUUACAUUCCAGAGCUUGAAGACCCUUCCUUCACCAAAUAUUCCUUACGGGUACGAUGGAUGUGUUGGUGGAAAACUUCAUGGACCCGGCUCAUGUUCCUUACGCACAUUAUGGACUCAUGGGGACGGCUAAACCAAAAGGCAGAUAAUGAAUUUGCAUUUCACAAAACAGCAGAUAGUAAUCUGAUAUGUACCAACCCAUCAGAGUUUCUUGCAGAGAAGAAGGUUGACAGAGAAGGAGGAAGACCACUCAAAAUCACCGUGAAAAGACUAGAGAAGGAAGGGUUCUUUGCAAAACAAGAAUGGGGAUAUUCUGAUUUUAUCGCACCAUGUGUGUAUCGCGCUUCCACAGAGACUCUAAUGGAGCAGGAAACACCAGCUGCAUCUGACAAGGCCGAAUUGUCAAAGCGCAAAUACUCGCUCAUCUUUAUAUGCAUUCCAGUGAGCCCAGGUCGCAGUAGGCUGAUACUGACGUUCCCUAGAAACUUUGGUUUGAUUAUUGAUAAGAUUGUUCCUAGAUGGGUGUUCCACAUGAGUCUAAACAAGGUUCUAGACUCAGAUCUGCACCUCCUUCAUGUCGAGAGGGUUGAUUCAAUGUGUAAAGGAACUCUCGUGCAGGAGCGGAAGAUAAUGGAGAGAGGGCCUGAGAAUUGGCAAAAAGCUUGCUUUUACAGUGGCUCUCAAGUCGAUUGGAGAGGAAAGUUUGACCCUUCUCUUCUUCCUCCUACGCCUCCUCGAGAACAGCUCUUGGACAGGUAUUGGUCGCAUGUUGAGAACUGCAGCAGCUGCAAGAAAGCUCACAGAUAUCUCAAUGCGCUUGAGGUGAUCUUGCAAAUCGCAUCGGUUGCUUUGAUCGGAGUAAUGGCCGUGACGAAGCAAAUUACAAUGUCUAAUGCGGCAAGAAUCGUGGUGGUUGUGGCGGCUGUUUUAAGUUUUGCGGCGUCGAAGUGGCUAUCACACUUCAUCUACAAGACGUUCCAUUACCAUGACUACAACCAUGCUCUUGUGUGAAAAAUGGAUAUUGAUGAGGAUGCGUUAAAACGAAAACUUUAUUUGGAUAAUUUAGGUGGACUACUAGUUCAUGUAAAAUAUUAACAAAUUUUUAAAAUUCAAAUAAACUUCAGAAUUCACAAACCAUUUUUCGACAAGAUCAUGACUACAUCGAUUCCUAAUUCCACGAGUACAUAAGAUCUGAUGUUACAUCUAUAAGAGUAUUGUUCUUCUUUUCA